AUGCCUGUAGUAGCAAUACAAAGAAUUCCUUUACCGAGCUUAAGAACUUACACCGCGAUUAGUGUAAUUCUUCUAUUGAUUUCGGUUUAUUAUGCUGUACAAGUUUCGAGUAAUUCAGAUGUACCUUUAAAUGGAACAGAAUCGGGAAACGAAAUGGUUAAUUAUGAUGAUGAUGAUGAUCAAACAGGAGGAGAUCCAUCAGCUGCUCAAUUCUUAAUUCAUGAGCCAUUUAGUGUUUGGAGUUUAUUCAACAUGGCUUAUUGCUGUCUCCUUCUACUGGGAGCUUUCAUACAAAAAGCAGUCUUUGGAGAACUACGGAUAUCCGAACAACAGCACAUCAAAGACCGAUUUUUAAAUUUCUUGUUCUACAGAUUUAUAUUCGUUUUUGGAAUAAUCAACGUUCAAUACCUUCACGAAGUUGUUUUCUGGUGCGCUUGGUUUUCCGUUUUGGGUUUUCUAAAUCUUCUCACGCAAUUGGGAAAAGAUCGUUUUGAAUAUCUUACGUUUUCACCUCCGACCACGAUUUGGGGUCAUUUUAGAAUUUUGGGUCUUUUAAUCGGAGUUUUUGCUCUCUCCGGUCUCAUGAUAAUUCCCUGCAUCGUCGUGGGAUAUUUUACAGGAUUUAACACGUUUGCUUUCAUGGCUGCCGAGUGCAUUCAAUUGAGCAUACGAGCUUUGCACAUCGUAUUAAAAUACAUAUUUUACUUGUACGAAAUAUUAGACACGGAAGCUCGGCCGACAUUGAACUGGGAGAAAAAGGGUAGAUUCGCAUAUUAUGCCGAAUUAAUAUUCGAACUCUUAAUUCUCCUUUUGGAUUUCCUUCAUCACGUUCACAUGUUGAUAUGGAGCAACAUAUACCUCUCGAUAGCUUCCCUCGUUAUUUUCAUGCAACUCCGACAUUUGUUUCACGAAAUACAAAGGCGAAUAAGAAAACAUCAAAAUUAUUUAUGGGUUUUGAAUCACAUGGAGAAAAAUUAUCCAAUGGCUUCGGAAGAAGAACUCAUGGCACAUAAGGAUAAUUGCGCCAUUUGCUGGGAAGAAAUGGACAGCGCACGAAAACUUCCCUGCGGUCAUCUUUUUCACAAUUCUUGUUUGCAAUCCUGGCUUGAACAAGAUACAUCAUGUCCGACUUGCAGGACGGUUUUAAGCGUACAAACUCGUUUGCUCGACAUGUCCGAUGGACUCGAUCACGGGUUGGACAACAACAUGGAUAAUUUACCUGGAAAUUUCCGAGCUCCAAAUCAUUUUUUUCAAUUCGACGGAUCGAGGUACGUGUCUUGGUUACCGAGUUUUUCACUCGAAGUCACGCACUUGCAUCUGAGUCCUCAUCAGGUUCCGGUAAUGCAAACCUCUCAAAUAGAUUUAAUGGCACGUCAAGUUCAACAAUUAUUUCCUCACAUCCCGCUUGACGUUCUAAUGGACGAUCUUCGGCUCAGUCGAUCGAUAGAGUUGACCGUCGAAAACGUUUUGGACGGACGGGUUACCGUUCCCGAAAGGGAAGACACUCCACCCCCACCGCCACCGCCGUCGCAGCAACAGCCUGUCGCGGAGCAACAGCAAGAAUUAUUUUCAUUGGGAAAAGACAACGUUGCGACCGGUGGCAGUAGUAUUAGUUAUAUUGAAGACACUUCUUCCGAUUCAGAAAGGUGA